AUGAUGUUUCCUUUAUCUUUAAGGCAUGCAAAAGACUAUGUGGUAAAUCGUGUGGCUCUUGUCGGUGACUCAGCUCAUACGGUUCACCCGUUGGCUGGUCAAGGAGUUAAUCUAGGAUUUGCAGAUGCGUGUGCUCUCUCCAGAGCUAUAGCAGAAGGCAUUGCUCUUGGUACCGACAUAGACGAGGCGAAUCUGCUCAAACGGUAUGAAGCUGAGAGAAAACCUGCAAAUAUAGCAAUGAUGGCGGUUUUAGAUGGAAUCCAGAAGAUGUAUGCGGUGAAAUUUGGACCGCUGAAUGCACUCACAGCGGCUGCAUUUCAUGGAGCUCACUACAUUUCGCCUCUUAAGAAGCGUAUCAUAUGA